UUCAACAGGUGAUAUGUAAAAAUUGCAUAAAACUUAGAAAUAAUCGCCCCGUAUUUGUACGAGCUGAGCGGUUUGUCCUGUUAUCACUGUUUUACCUACCUCAGUUGUUAAAUUGUAGUUGGAACCACGUAGUACAGUUUCUCUGUUGCCGGACUCAUCGGCACGUGUGUUCGUAUGGACCAUUUUGAGUAUCUUUCUUUCGCGAUUCUAGCAUACCGUAAUGUGUGCGUGCAUGAUAAGCGUUAAGUUUCUGCAUGAACGUUCACACCCGGCUCUCUCGUUCCAGCCCAGACCUGGGAAAAGAAAGCCGUAGUCACACCAUGGCCGCCAUUCGUCGGAAUUACGCUGCGUUGGGGCCCGUCAAGUUUCACGAAGUGGCCGUCCUGCUGCUUUGUAUUCUUCUGGUGUUCCUCUGGCUCUUCCGGGACCCUAUGUUCGCCAGGGGAUGGGCCACUUAUUUUGGCACCAUAAAGCCCAAGGACGCCACAGCGGUAACCAUACCAGUGAUCCUGCUGUUCAUGAUUCCAUCGAAGCCUUGGGAGGGUGCCAAAAGUCCUUCCUUGCUGUCUUGGGAAAUGGUGCAAGCUAAGCUGCCGUGGAGCGUCAUUUUACUGAUUGGCAGCGGGUUUGCCAUCGCCGAAGGCAUGAGGGUUUCUGGGCUGUCGGAACUCUUGGGCCAGAAACUCGCCACCUUGGGCCACAUGCCUCCCGUGCCACUCAUGAUCUGCCUGAGUAUCGUCUCUUCUUUUAUGUCUGAACUGGUCAGCAACUCGGCAACGUGUACCGUUCUCCUGCCAGUUUUUGAUGAAUUGGCCAAGGAUCUGCAUGUGAACCCGCUGCUGUUCUUGAUUCCGGCGACCAUUGCUAGCAACUACGCCUUUUUACUGCCCGUGGGAACGCCGGCGAAUGCCAUGGUAUACGAGCAGGGUCGGCUCACUCUGAUGGAAAUGGUGCUACCUGGAUUCCUGGCUAAAACCAUCACCAUGGCGGUCACCGUUCUACUGACGUGCGUGCUUGGCGACCCGAUCUUCGGCAUGUUUCAAGAAGCUGAGUGGGCGUCGCAUGCCAUCGUGGGCAACUACAGCACAUCUAUCCCAGAUCUAAGCUAGCGGUUUUGUAGAACCUUAAACACGGACGCGUAACACGUGAAAAAUGAAAGCCAUAAAUAGGUCCUGUAAACUCAUUAUCACUGAAACCUAAACAGACGACAGUGCAACAGAACCAAAUGCCACAGCACGUUACCUGGCGUCCCGUUCUGUCACCUUGGCGUGUUUGCGCUUUAGUUAUAACAUUGCAGUGCCACCAAAACCAUACAUUGCCACUCUUGGCACUUCGUAAAAAUUUUCACAGCCAAUAAGCCGCCUCCUCCCACGUGCGGUGGUACGAUUCCACUUGUCAGCUCAUAUCUGUUGGAUACGGCCUUGAAUAGCAGAUAUAUUACGCCCUGCGGAGCUCCAGCAGUUUGAGCAACCAAGCCCAUUGCUCCUUCCGCCCCCACCCCCACCUUGUCUUUUCUUUUUGCGUGUAAUCCUUCUAAGAUGUUCUAGAAUGCUGUUCGAUCAAGCCUGCCAAGAGUAGUCUUUGAAUUGCAGACUUAUCUGCACCGUGAAUCCAAUGUGUGAGUGGAAGUUUGCGCACGGAAGGUGUAAAUGUAUGACUCGUAUGUUUCGGGCAGGGAUUUAGGUAAGAAGUGUUUCUGAUGCGACAUAAAACCUGAAUUCAGUGACGUUUGAGUGUCAAAAUAAAGUGGCACAGAAACGCUUCGUAUACCUGGUGAUGCGGGAAGGCACAAGAACUUUCCGCCACCAGCGCUCAGGAAUGAGUGGGACCUGCGAGCUCUACACGCACAUGACGCAGCACAUGUUGGAAGAUAAAUCCAGAAGUACGGCCGUUUUCAGCGGCCUUUAUAGGCGUAUCGAUUUAUUGCCUUUUUACUACCGAUUUACCGAUUUUAUUACCGAUUUUAUACCGAUUUAUUACCUAUGAAAAUGCUAGUCAUGCUCGCAUACCAUUCCAAAAAGAACCUGAAAAAGCACACGAGGCUGUAUACGGAAAGUUAACACGGAGAAAGGUUAAAGGGCAACUAUAUCCGAGAGCUGAAAGUAAUCGUACGGAACGUGCAGUUUUUUAUCAUGAAUCAAAAGCACCCAACCAACUUAUAGGUCGAGCUCCAUGUGUUAGAGAAUGAUUAUGCAUCACUAAAAUGAACCACAUUAAAUGACGAAAAUAAAUAUGAAGCUCGCGUUUUAUACACAUUGAAUCAAUGAUGUAAUAAAGUGCAGCGCUAACCGCACAAUAAAACAAUUUCAAUACGGAAAACUAUCCGUUUUGUUUUCGUUAUGGCAAAGCAGCCUGCAUAAUUAAAAUAAAUAAAUGCAGCAGAUCCAACGUGUCCUGCUGGAAUCUUGGGCAUUGAAGCUUACGAGUGAGUGUUCACGCGCACUUUCUCAUUUGGCUCAAGGAUGUUCCGAACGAGCAGCUUUGCAAUGCCGUGCACCUUUGAACGCAACCAGCGAGAUAGGAGUUGGAAGAGGCGAGCUGGCUUCCUGCGCCAUUUGUUUGGGGUACCCGACCUCCCCUUGGAUGCGUAGAUGCGACCGUCCACGCAUUUGCCAGGCGGUGUGGCGCAUGCAGGAUAGGGCAUCAUCCGAUGCCCUCUCCUGCCAUAGAGUUAAUAUUACCGACUCUAGAGGGAAAGCUGGGCACAAAAAGGGGGAACCGUUGGGGCGUCGCCCUGUUGCUGCUUGUCAAUGUGGCCAGCGCAAUUACUAUUGCAAGAGCUGAAAAUAAGUACAGGUCGCCUUAUGCUUUGUCAUUAAAAAACGCAGGCCUGAUAGCUUUAUGAAGGUGAUGUGUGAAUAUUAGGUUUACAGAAAGCACUUGCUAAGUGCGUAAUUUAUGUAAAACAGGAUGUACGCAUUCAUUCAAUAAAACAUGGCGCGAAUUUCAGUUUCGAA